AUGAGGCGCAGACGAUGUACAAGUUACACUGCAACCGUAAAAGAUAAAAGUGUGUCAUUUCAUGCAUUACCUAAGGAUGGAAUUAUGAAAGAAAAGUGGCUUCGCGUUAUAAGGGCUCAAAGGCGUGAAAACGAUUGGCUAGCAACGCCUUAUUGUAAAGUUUGCUCUAAACAUUUUCUAGCCAGUGAUAUAUAUGUAACGGAAAAAAAUUAUCGAAGAUUAAAAAAGACAGCAGUUCCUGUUAUUACGCAAGAAGCACAAAACAUUAAUGCAUCUCCAACAAGCUUGCAACAUGUCCACUUAUCUGAAGAAGAUUCAAUUUUCGAAACACCUAGAAAAGCAUUUUUAAAGAAAAAAAAUUGA